AUGGGUUCUCAGCUUUCCUUGAUUGCACACACUGCUCCUUCCAUCGCAAUCUCAUCCUAUAUUGAUAUCCUGGACGAAGUUCACUAUCUGUCACAAUUGAACUCAUCGCGGUUCCUGAAGACAUGCAAAGCACUGGAUCCGAACGGUGAAAUUCUUAUCAAGGUAUUCAUCAAGCCCACUGAUGACUACAGUAUCGCAGAAACACAAAGAAUGCUACUGAAAGAGUCACGAAUGCUAGCUGCACUGCCGAAUGUCUUAAAUUACAGUAAAAUUGUGGAGUCAGACCGGGCGGGCUAUCUGGUUAGACUGCAUUUGAAAUCAAGCGUCUAUGACAGAUUGAGCACUAGACCUUUUUUAGAAACCAUUGAGCUCAAAUUCAUUGUUUUUCAACUCUUGCGGGCAUUGGACGAUAUACACUCGCUUGGAAUUUGUCACGGCGACUUGAAACUCGAGAAUCUGCUUCUGACCAGCUGGAACUGGUUAGUGUUGACAGAUUUUUCGGGAGCAAUAAAACCAACCUAUCUAUUGGAGGACAAUCCCGGAGACUAUUCUUUCUACUUCGACACAUCACAACGACGGAGCUGUUACAUAGCUCCUGAAAGAUUUGACUCCUCGAAAUAUCAAAAAUUCAACAACUCGAACUCGAAGCUUACACAGGAAAUGGAUGUUUUCAGCGCCGGAUGUUGCAUAGCAGAAAUUUUCUCGGAGGGAAAUUGUAUGUUUAACUUAUCGCAGUUGUUCAGGUAUCAGAAUGGCGAAUAUAACCCAGAAGACUUCUUGAAUACACAUUCAGACAACCCGGUACUUAAGGAGAUGAUCUUGACAAUGAUAGCCCUGGAUCCCCAUAAAAGAAGCACAGUGAAAGAUAUUCUCCAGAAAUAUAGAGGCAUCUUCUUCCCCGAGCAUUUUUAUCAUUUUUAUUAUGGAUAUUUCAACGAACUAGCCACUAUAGAUGGUGGACUUCCACUGGUGGGAAACACUCACGGCGCAUUGCAACUCCCUAACCUUUCCUUUAAUAUGGAUAAAGUUGUGCGAAAAAUCUACAAAGACCUCCCGCGAAUAUGUUCCUCGCUGGAGUACCCUUUAAAGAAAGAAACUAUUGGUUUGGCAAGAGGAGGACACAAACUGCUAAAUCAAUUAACGUUGCCCGGUCUAGGUACCAUUAUUCUUCAAGAACCUACGUCAAAAAUCUCGUCCAUCGCAGAUGAGUCCGCACUGCUACUUCUGUCACUUCUGUUACACGCGAUAAGAGCGGUUAAGGAGGCUUCAGUCAAAAAAAUGUGCUUGGAGCUUAUAACGGUUCUUUCUCAGUAUGUUUCGGACAGCAACAAGCUCGAUAGAGUACUUCCUUUUGUUGUUUCCAUGCUAUUUGAUGAAUUUUCAAGCGUCCAAGCGCUUGCGGUUCAUGUCUUAUCACAACUUCUGGGCAUGACGAAAACUGUCAAUCGAAUAAAUGACGUUCUUUUCACGGAUUAUCUUCUGCCUCGCAUCAAAAAGCUUACCCAAGUGGCAAAAUACAAUGACUACGUGAGGGUUUGUCUAGCAGAAGAGCUUGGAGAAAUUGCAACAUCAGCUACCAGGUUCAAUGAUAUGGCUUUGAGUGCUAAAAACGAGUACGGAAAGAUUUCAGAAGAUGUCAACUUCAAGAAAAAACAAAAGCGUAAGCUAGUGCACGGUUUUGAGCAGAUAACAGUGACGCUAUUAACAGACAGCAACUCAAGCGUAAAGAUUGCCCUUCUUUCCAACAUAUUGCCCUUGUGCAGUCUUUUUGGUAGGGAAAAAACCAAUGACGUGGUGUUAAGUCAUUUAAUCACAUAUCUGAAUGACAAGAAUGCCUCACUUCGCAUUCAACUUGUGAAAUCGCUUACUGGAAUUGCUGUACUACUAGGACCAUUGACUCUAGAACAAUAUAUCCUACCUUUGCUGGUACAGACCGUCACGGACUCCGAGGAACUAGUUGUUGUUAUGGUGCUGAAAAGUUUAAAAACUUUCUUCAGCAUUGGCUUGGUUCAAAAGAGAUACUUUUUUGACGUGGCAAAAAUCAUAUCUUCGCUUCUCCUGCAUCCAAACACCUGGAUUAGACAAUUCACCUUAAGCCUAAUAGUGGAGUUAUCGAGGAGACUUUCAACAGCAGAGGUUUACUGCUUAUUGUAUCCUAUCAUCAAGCCCUAUUUUGAGUUUGAUGUCCAGCUCACUUGGGACUCUAUGUUAUCAAGCUGUAAAAAGCCGCUGUCGAGAACAGUUUACAACAUACUUUGCACAUGGUCACUGCGGUCGGCUAACAGCCUCUUCUGGAAACAGAUCCCCAGCAAGCACCGUGAUUUAUUUGGGAAUAACAGUGUGGUCUUCAUCAACAAGGACUACGUAACUAAAAAUUAUGGACUGGCAAGCGGCUACAAAAUUGCCAAAACCCCUAUCAAGCUCGCUGACAACAAGGAGCUUCUUGUGACGAACGAAGACAAAGGCUGGCUUGAAAAGAUCAUGACAGUGGGACUUAAAGAAACAGACUUAUGGAAAAUUGCGGCAAUGAGAUCUUACGCUUUCAAUGUUGCAAGGAUGCUGGCCAGGAAACCGGAGACAAACAUCCCUUACCACCCUAUUAUUGGAAACGACUUAGCUUCAAAGAAAGGUCUGAGUGUGUACACUCCACCCAAAAAUGUCAUUUUUGAUGUUAUGUUUUUAAACAAUGCCGCACAGCUUAAUGAAAGUCAGCAUAUGAUCGUCAAGCACCGAGAAGGAGCCUCUCGGCCGUUGACGACAGCCUUUCAUCGACUGGCCCUAAACAAAUCGAUUGAUUUGACUAAAUCCAUACAAUUAACAAAAGCAGCACCGACUUUGACAUCAAAUCUUGACAACGUCUAUGUUCAACUUGAGGCUUCGAAACUUAAGCCCCAGAACACCCAGAAGUCCAAUUCCACGGAUAGCGAGGUUGUGCCAUCAAUUUUUGUGGUCAAAAACAGCUAUGAGGGAAUUGACGAAAACAUAAAGAGCUUUUUGCGCAGUAUCGACGUCGCGCCCGCGUUCAAGCAUUUUCCUGAGUUUGGUCACCUUUCGAGUGCAAGAAACAGCUUGGCAACGGGAAACACCAAUAAUCCAUUUACUAAUUUGAACUUUCAGUUCCAAAUUGCAGAGACCCGGUCGUCGGCUAUCACUGUAAUUUCUGCUGGAAUUCAUGAUCCAUAUUUUUUGAGUGGUUCCGAAGAUGGGACGGUCAAAUUGUGGAAUAUACAUAAGAUUUUGGCAGGAGAAGUAUUUGGGUCAUCAGUAUGUUAUGAAGUGGGUUCGGCAAUCAUGGACAUCAAACCUUUUCCUGAAUUUGAUCUCCAUGCAGUUGCUUGUAAGGACGGUAGCAUUUUUUUGCUCAAGGUCAACGUACAUGAGGUAAAGGGCAUCAGAGUUUUUAAUCGCCUGCAAGUUGUCCGAAAAUACAAAGUUAAGAGCUCUACCGAACUUAUUACCAAGCUAGCAGUAAUUCCGAGCGAUGACAGACCUCUCCUGAUUGCACUGACAAACAAUUCGGAAAUUAUUUUACUUGACCCGCGUUUUAUGUCUGAGAUAAGACGACUGAAAAAUGAUCCUUUGCAUGGUGCUGUUUUGAGUCUUGCGGUAGGACAUGAUAAGUCUUCGAUUAUCUUAGGGACUUUGCGGGGUGUUAUAAACAUAUGGGAUCUUAGAUUCGGUACAUUGAUACAAAGCUGGACUUUUUCGGAUGGUUCGCCAAUCACACAGAUUUCCCUUCUUCCUACAUUAACCAAGCGCGAGGAGCCAAGUGUGUUAAUUGUUGGUGGCUCGACGAAAAGCAUGUUCACCGUUUGGGAUUAUGUGAAACGGCGAUGUCGAUUGAUUGUGACGAAUGACGAUACUGUUCCAUCAAUUGAUGAAUUCUUAGCGACUGAAGUCACCAUGGAGAGGUUGAAAAGGCAUUUAGAUGAAACUCCUUGUAAUCGAGUCAGCUCAAUCGUGCUCGAGGGGCACAAUAUUCUGGUUUCGGAAGCAUGCUCCAAUAGUAUUCUCUGUUAUGAUCUCAGGGCGAAAACGAUGGCUCCCUUGACUUCGAGUGCUGUUGGGGAUGUUUUCAAAUACGAGUCAUUGCAGCUCACUGCCAACACGACAGUCCUUCUGAGACAAAGACAGGUUAUUGAUGAGCUAAAUCGUAAGGACGAUAUUCAUUUGCACAAUGAUACCAUAAACUCUAUCGCCAUAGUAUGGAACAGGACACAACGCUAUUGCAUAUCUGGUGAUUGCUCUGGAAUCAUCAACAUAUACAAAUGA